GGAAGCGCGCAUUUUGGACCCCUCAUUGCUGUGUUGGCGGAGAUACGUUACGCGUCUGCAGUCAACGGAGCUCAAAAACUACUUUUCUUUGCUAUUUUGCACUGAAUUACUUUUCAACGUUUUCUUAAAAACUUGAUUCCACGAAACCUAAGGCAAAAUGCGUGAGUGCAUCUCCAUACAUGUGGGCCAGGCUGGAGUACAGAUUGGCAAUGCAUGCUGGGAGUUGUAUUGCCUGGAGCAUGGCAUCCAGCCUGAUGGCAAUAUGCCGAGUGAUAAGAUCAUUAGUAAAAGAGACGACUCCUUCAGCACUUUCUUCAGUGAGACUGGCUCUGGGAAGCAUGUGCCACGAUCUGUGUUUGUGGAUCUGGAGCCUUCAGUCAUUGAUGAGGUCAGGACUGGGACCUACAGACAGCUGUUUCACCCAGAACAGCUCAUCUCUGGGAAAGAAGAUGCAGCCAACAAUUACGCCCGCGGCCAUUACACCGUUGGCAAGGAAAUCAUUGAUAUAGUGCUGGAGCGUGUCCGGAAACUGACAGACCAGUGCACUGGUCUCCAGGGUUUCCUUAUUUUCCACAGUUUUGGUGGAGGCACUGGCUCUGGUUUCACCUCUCUGCUGAUGGAGCGUCUCUCAGUUGACUACGGCAAGAAGUCCAAGCUCGAGUUUGCCAUCUAUCCUGCUCCUCAGGUCUCCACCGCUGUGGUUGAGCCAUACAACUCGAUCCUAACCACCCACACCACCCUAGAGCACUCUGACUGUGCCUUCAUGGUAGAUAACGAGGCUAUCUACGACAUCUGCCGCAGAAAUCUCGACAUCGAGCGUCCCUCAUACACCAAUCUCAAUCGUCUCAUCGGCCAGAUUGUGUCCUCCAUUACCGCUUCCCUGCGCUUUGAUGGUGCCCUUAAUGUUGAUCUGACCGAGUUCCAGACCAACUUGGUGCCAUAUCCCAGAAUCCACUUCCCCCUGGUCACAUACUCCCCCAUUAUCUCUGCUGAAAAGGCUUACCAUGAGCAGCUGUCUGUGUCUGAGAUCACCAGCGCCUGCUUUGAGCCAUCUAAUCAGAUGGUGAAGUGUGACCCCCGGCAUGGGAAGUACAUGGCCUGCUGUAUGCUGUAUCGUGGUGAUGUCGUUCCCAAAGAUGUGAAUGCCGCUAUUGCCAACAUUAAGACCAAACGCUCCAUCCAGUUUGUGGACUGGUGCCCAACUGGAUUCAAGGUUGGCAUCAAUUACCAGCCACCUACAGUGGUCCCCGGUGGAGACUUGGCCAAGGUACAGAGAGCUGUGUGCAUGCUGAGCAACACCACGGCUAUUGCCGAGGCCUGGGCCCGUCUGGACCACAAGUUUGAUCUGAUGUACGCCAAGCGUGCCUUCGUUCACUGGUAUGUUGGAGAAGGAAUGGAAGAGGGAGAGUUCUCCGAGGCCAGAGAGGAUCUUGCUGCACUGGAGAAAGAUUAUGAGGAGGUUGGCACUGAGUCUGUGGAGGAUGAAGAGGAGGGAGAGGAGUAUUAAAGAUACUUUAAGAGGCUGAUCUGACACCAGUUUACAGUCAAGAAGAAACUGGUGAUACUUCAGCACUUAUAGCAGUAUUUGCCUCUCCAUUGCCAAGCUGCUUUAUGAAUACCCAAUGAUGGGUAACAAAGCCCUGAUGUGUGUUUAUAAAUGUUGUUUUGUUCUUUUCUAUACCUCUUUUGUCUUAUUUCAAAGAAACGAGUUGCCAAAGGCAUUUCUGUCUGUGAACACUUUUUGUAAGCUGUCUUUGUCUCUCACACAUGCUGUAAGUGACUGAUACAGUUUAAAAAUAAACUUGUCAUGUGUCUUGA